GGCGGCGGCGGCGGGGCGCCCACUGCAGCAUCCGCAGCAUCCUCGGGCUGCGCCUCUCCGGCCGCGUCCUCUUCCCCGGCGGCGUCUCCGGCCUCGAAGGGGCGGCUGCUGUCCCUGCGCGGAGGCGGCAUGGGCAGCCGCGCCGGCAAGGGGGGCUCCCCCAACGGAGAGUGCCGCCGGGGGGGCGGCGAGGAGGGCGUCAGCAGCGGCCCCGAUCCGGCGCCCCUUCCCAGCCCAAGGUCUCCUUCUCCUGCAGCGCCGACGGCUCCCCCAAGGCGGCCGAGGAAGGGGCAUCGUCGGGGGCGGCGGGCGCUCCGUCGGAGGGCGAGCCGGGCGGCAGCCAGGCCAGCUUCAUGCAGCGCCAGUUCAGCGCCAUGCUCCAACCCGGCGUCAACAAGUUCUCGCUGCGGAUGUUCGGCUCGCAGAAGGCCGUCGAGCGGGAGCAGGAGAGGGUCAAGUCGGCCGGAGCCUGGAUCAUCCACCCUUACAGCGAUUUCAGGUUCUACUGGGACUUCACCAUGCUUCUGUUCAUGGUGGGGAACCUCAUCAUCAUCCCCGUUGGCAUCACCUUCUUCAAGGACGAGACCACGGCCCCCUGGAUCGUAUUCAACGUAGUGUCGGACACCUUCUUCCUCAUGGACCUGGUGAUGAACUUCCGGACGGGGAUCGUCAUUGAGGACAACACAGAGAUCAUCUUGGACCCUGAGCGCAUCAAGAAGAAGUAUCUAAAGACGUGGUUCGUGGUGGACUUGGUCUCCUCCAUCCCUGUGGAUUAUAUUUUCCUCAUCGUGGAGAAGGGCAUCGACUCGGAGGUCUACAAGACUGCCCGGGCUCUGCGCAUCGUCCGCUUCACUAAGAUCCUCAGCCUUUUGCGGCUGCUUCGCCUUUCGAGACUUAUCCGUUACAUUCACCAGUGGGAGGAGAUCUUCCACAUGACCUACGACCUGGCCAGCGCCGUCAUGAGGAUCAUCAACCUCAUUGGAAUGAUGCUUCUUCUGUGUCACUGGGAUGGCUGCCUCCAGUUCCUGGUUCCCAUGCUCCAAGAUUUUCCCAGCGACUGCUGGGUCUCCAUCAACGGGAUGGUGGUGAGUCUGAAGAUGGAAUGCCCUGGUUUUUCCAGGGGCCCAAAAGGAGGUUUGGCCAGGGCAGUGGAUCAUACAGAGCCGGCAACACCACCUCUGCAGGUGUGUGGAUCCCCACUGAGGAUCUCCAUGUAG